GUGGCUGAGAUUCACUUGCUCUGAGUUCACCUACGCUUUCAACCCUUCCAUAUCGCAGCCGAGCCGCAGAAAUUUCCGCUUUCACUAUCCUACUCAAGAUAUCACGGGUAAAUUCGUGAUACGCAUGUCUUGUAGCAAUCGAAACUCCAUUCCCCAGCCCCUCUCCGCGUUUCGUCCUAUAUCUCUCCUCUUCGUAGCCUUUUAAAGAAUUCCAAAAUUUCGUCUCUCUUCUUACCGUGACAAUGGCUACUACCGUCAACAUCCGUCGGGACAACCCUGAUCCCUUUUACCGUUACAAAAUGGAACGCCUCCAGGCAAAGAUCGAAGGCAAAGGCAAUGGCAUCAAAACUGUUGUUGUUAAUCUCAACAAUGUUGCCCAGUCUUUGGGUCGCCCACCAGCCUACUUGAUCAAGUACUUCGGAUUUGAACUCGGGGCUCAAGCAAACGCUAAGCCGACAGAUGAUCGCUGGAUUAUCAACGGCGCCCACGACGCUUCCAAACUUCAGGACUACCUUGACGGGUUUAUCGUAAAAUUCGUUUUGUGCAAGAAGUGCAAGAACCCAGAAACUGAGGUUGUCGUCAAAGAACCCCGCAUUAUCCUGGACUGCAAAGCCUGUGGUGAACGGUCCGAUGUUGACCUUCGUCAAAAGCUCAGCAGUUUCAUUUUGAAGAACCAGCCAAAGAAGGGAAAGAAGGACAAGUCCACCAAGAAGUCUCGGCGCGAAAGAAACAAGGGCAAGGGUGACGGAGAGACGAAUGGAGAGGCAAACGGAGAGUCAAAUGGUAGCCCGGUAGAUAGCAACUCCGAUGGAGGAGAUGAAAACGGCGAUGGUGCUCUCGACGCCCAUAGUGAUGAUGAGCUUACUCGUCGCAUUAAAGCUGAGGCGGAAGAAAUCGAGCAGUCCCAAGAAAUCGACGACGACGACUGGGCGGUUGAUGUUUCCGAGGAAGCUGUCAAGGCUCGUGCUCAGGAACUCCCCGACGAUGUUAAACGUUCUCUCGUCAUUGAUGAUGAUGAUGAUGGUGAAGGGGAAAAUGGGUCGGCCUCCGCCUACGAUCUUCUCGGUAGCUGGAUUAUAAGCUCUGCCAAGGGUUCUGAGGAAGGUGUCUCAAGCAUCAGUGACAUUGACAUCUAUAUGAAGGCCAAGGAACUGGGAAUUGAGUCGAAGCACAAGACCCUCGCCGUCUUGGCUCAGACCAUGUUCGACGACAAAAUUGUUAAGCAAAUUCCAUCCAGAGCUGGCAUGCUCAAGAAGAUGAUCACUUCUGAGCGCCACGAAAAGGCAUUCCUUGGAGGAACCGAACGUUUAGUUGGAAUUGAACGUCCCAAUCUCUGCCCAAGUGUCCCAGCCAUCCUGCUCGCUUAUUACCAGGAGGAUCUGAUUUCGGAAGAAGUCCUCAAGGCCUGGGGCUCGAAGGCCAGCAAGAAAUACGUCGACAUCGCCACCAGUAGGAAGGUCCGCAAGGCUGCUGAGAAGUUUAUCGAAUGGCUUGAGACUGCCGAGAGCGAUGAGGAUGAUGAUGAGGAUUAAACUCCUGCUGGCAACAUCUCCCGAGGGCAAUUGCCCAUCCUGCAACAUUCUUUUUUUCGGGGCCUUUAUUCCAUCGCUUUAACUCGUUUCGAUUUUUCCCUUGCCUUGCUUCCCGUUAGUUUUCGUUUUAUUUGGGCAAUUGUAUCAAUUACCGAUCUUAUUCACAAGCUCCACUCUACGUCCCUCGACGAGAAUAAAAUUCAACUGAACCCCCAUGUCCCCUUAUCGUUUCUUUCUUUCAUUUUUGGUCUCUUUGGAUGAAUGAUUUCGUUGCUUGCGUUUUGAACAGUCCACCUCCACUCCUCCAUUCGUUUAUUAUAGGUGUAGCUGAAUAACAUAUGCAAGAGGAAUUAUUAAAGUGUUCAUUGUAUAUUACUCUCAACAUACUAUCCCCCAAACUGUUCUGUUAUUGAUAACCGACAUACCACCCCGAAAAGUUGUAAAUAAGAACAGGUCAUAGGUCACGAGGGAUUGUACUGGUAUUCGUAGUAAAUAAUUUCUUCGAAAAGUAGUCAAAGCAUGGUGUGUAGUACGAGCCAAAAUACGUUAAACAACUGGCAUAAAUAAUGUUUCAUUCCCUAUGUCAUUAAAACGCUCCAAUCACCUCCGCCAACUUCCACGACCCCCUGCUUCCUGCUGAACGAAGCUCUCCCUGCGUUGGUGAAUCCGACUGCGAAUGUAGCUGGCUCCUCAACAUAUCCGCAAUCCUCCUCUCAAUAUUUCGCCCCACC